GCUCGCCCCGCCCCUUCCUGCCAGGGGAGCAGCCCCCAGCCCCGCUGCCGGGUCCUCGCCCCCGGGAUGGCGGAGCCUGCGGGCCCCUUCCACGCCCUGUGGCACGGGGGGCACCAGUAUCUGUGCUACUGCGCCGCGCCGGAGAGCGGCGGCUUCGAUGUCUAUGUAACCAAUGCAUCCGAGGUGUGGAGUACUGAUUUCACCCUGGAGAAGCUGGAGGGACACAAGUCCCAGAGUGGGAUGUGUCCUUCUGAAGAUUACAGCACAAAGUUCAGAGAAGCUUUUGAGCACAGAGCAGCUGCCUUGACAGUGCAGGACAGCAAAGCCACCCUGCAGCUGAAGGAAGGUACCUGGAGCUUGACUUUUGACCUAUUCAAGCUACCGUGCUCUGAAGCUAGGAAACAGUUGCAGGCGCUGAUGUUUGGCUUAGUGGGGUGUGUCAGCAGCCUGGAGAAACGUCUUGAAGCUGCAGAGGAUGCUGCCGCCGCUGCUGCUUCGUGCAGUCCAGAGAAGAACCUGCUACAGAGCCGAAGGCUGUUGAUCCCAGACCUGAGUCCCAGGAAGAACAGGGGAGGCGGCUCAGCCGUGACAGCCAAGAAACGAGUCCCAGGAGAGUCUCUCAUUAACCCAGGAUUCAAAAGUAAGAAGGCACCGACCGGGGUGGAUUUUGAAGACUCCUGACCCAGCCUGGACCCCUCUGUUGUGCGUCCCCUUAAUGAAGCUUUUUAAUGAGUUGUUCAGACUAGUUUACCGCCUACCUAUGAACGUCCAGCCUCCUGCCACACACCGUGUGUGAAUGCCGAGAGCCUUGCCCCGGCCCUGUGCUCAACCACAUCGUGGGGAGUGGACGUGGCCAGGAGCCCUCCACUAUGUGACCACAAGCCGUGCAGCCGGGGCGGGGAGCAGAGCCUCCAAUGGAGGCCACGGCCUGAGCUCUGGGCAGAGUCGAUGCACACACCAGGGGGUCGAGCCUCACGCUUCCCAGCUGCUCCCUUCAGUCCCCCGCUGCUGGCAGGCCAUCCCGUCGCCGUCGCUCCAUGCAAGGGGCUUGUCAUGAAUUACGUUUUUAAUGACUUUUCUACCAAUGUUUUAACUCCAUGCUGUGUGUCUGUAACUUAUUCUAAAUAAACCCAUGACUCCA